AUGGAUGAAGCUCUUGCUCAGUUUAUCAGCGUAACGAAUGCGUCGCCUGAUCAGGCGCGUGCAUAUCUUGAGGCUGCGAAUGGUGACGUCUCCACAGCGCUCUCUACGUACUUUGAGAGUGGCGACGCUACCGUGUCAGAGGUGGUGGACCCUGCGCCAGCGGCCACCACUACACCUGCACCGGGCGAUCCUCGUACAUUGAGUGGCGCACCCAUUACAGACAGUGCACCCUGGCCUUCCUCUUCAUCCUCCAAAUCUACCGGACGCCCAGCUCGUCCUGCUGGACGCUCUGGGGGUAUCAUGACAUUCAAUGACCUUCGCUCUGGUCAGGCACAAAGCCAUGACGAUGACGAUGAUCCUAUGAACCUAUUCGCUGGCGGAGAACGUAGCGGUAUUAACGUGGAAAACCCUGACUCACAGCGCGGAGGCACAGGCCAUGCGCUCGUCGAUGAUAUUUUGUCCAAGGCCGCCACAUCGUCCCAAGCAGCUUCAGCACACGCUGUCGGUACGAAGACUACACCCUCUGCUUUUUCAGGCAAGGGGUACUCGAUUGGUGGUGCCACUGUAGGCAACGAUACGGCCCAGGAUACCCGUCCCUCCGCCUCUUCGAGCUUUUUUGGCUCGAUGCCUGGCGCAGCACCCUUAGACGGUGGCAUGGGCGAAGACGAGACAGACGAAGAGCCUGUGAUUCGUCACUUGACAUUCUGGCAGGAUGGCUUUUCUAUUGAAGAUGGGCCCCUUAUGCGCUACGAUGAUCCUGCGAACCAGGAAACUUUGCAAGCUAUCAACUCUGGCCGUGCGCCGCUAAGCUUGCUCAACGUGCGUUUCGGACAGCCUGUUGAACUUAUGGUGGCGCGUCGCACGCACGAAAAGUAUGUGCCUCCCCCACCCCCGCCAACCAAGCCAUUUGACGGCACAGGCGUUCGUCUAGGUGCACCAAGUGCUGAGCCUACGCCGGCACCCAAACCUGCUGCGACUCCAGCAUCCACCGCAUCUACUGAUGUGCUCCAUGUGGAUUCUUCGCAGCCUACCACGCAAGUCCAAGUACGACUUACGGAUGGCCAACGGCUGGUGGCCAAAUUGAAUCACACACAUACCGUCGCCGAUCUUCGGCGUUACAUUGAAGCCCAACGUCCUGACUUGGCUGGUCAAAAUUUCACCAUUCGUACUUCUUUCCCGCCAAAGCCGAUCACAGACGAGACACUCACGGUCGCUGAUGCAGGUCUCUUGAACGCGGUCGUGGUGCUCAGGUAA